UACUACUCAUAUACUUGAGCGUAGACGUCGCGGACGUGCAUCGCGUAUACACACCGCACGGGCGCCGCACACACAUCCGCCGCCGCCGCCGCCAUGGACGACGACGUUGUCACCGCCGCCUGGUUGCGCGCCGACGAGUGUCACUGCGACCGUCGCCGUUUCGCCCGCGAUUAACCGUUACCGCGGUCAGCCGAUUUGAUUUUGUUUUUGUUUCCCGUUUGCAGGUUACGCACCGGAAACACGUCCGUUUCGUUUCGUCAUUGCCGUCUGAUCGUUUUGCGCGAGUUUUACACUUGGCCGUCGCCGCCGUCGUGUGCGUUCGAGUUGGCGUGCGUACCGCCGGUCAAAUCGCCAUGUUUUUCGCCGGUGGCGCGUGUUGUUGUUGUCCCGUCGUCGCCGUCGCGCACGUCUUCGUGUUGUUGGUCGCUGCGGUCGUGUCGCCGGUGCCCGGCGUCCGAGCCCAGGCGGAGGACAUACCGCACAACGAAGUAAAAAAUUGGGCGCUAAAAUUUGGUGUAGAUCUGUGGGAGUUUGGCAGACAAAUCACCAACAUGAACGAAAUCCAGAGAAAAUAUCGAGAGCGAGAAUCUAAAGUACGAAGAAAAGAUGGACUUUUACUUAUUCGUGAUUUGGCAGCAGAAGUUAAAAAUAUGAUGGAUAUCAAAAUGAAUUCUGUUUUGAGGCUAAUGGAGGCUGGUGAACAAUCUGCUUUAGCUAAUCAAGAGGCUGCUGUAAAGAGUGAGCGCUAUGUAAACGAUGGAUUUGGGGAUUACAAGAGUCUUGAAUCAACAGACCGAUAUGAUCAAUGUGCAUUUAAUACUACUGUAAACUGUGUGCUAUUACAGAGCACUUAUGUAGAUCCAGAUUCAGUUGAUGAAACUAUAGUUCGAGAUAUGCAGUGGACUGAUCAUUUGGAUCCAAUAUUCGUAAGCAAUUAUGAAAUGGAUCCUGUACUAUCGUGGCAAUAUUUCGGUAGCACAAAAGGGACACUUAGAAGAUUUCCAACAUUGAGAUGGCCUUCAUAUUCAGGAUUAUCACCAUCUGCAUUGUUUGACUAUCGACUUAAUCCGUGGUUUGUAGAGGCUGCAACCAGUGCCAAAGAUAUAGUUAUAAUUGCUGAUUUUUCAAUCGCAUUAUCAGACUAUAAACUUAGUCUUGUAAGAGCUACUACUUUAGCGGCACUUGAUACUCUGGGUGCUAACGAUUUUGUUAAUGUUUUAUCCCUCGAGUCAUCAAACUAUGAAAUUGUGCCAUGUUUCAAAGAAAUUAUUGUUCAAGCCAACGAGAAGAACUUAAGAGAUUUAAGAUCCGCUGUGGCACAAUCAAAGUUUGCUGGCAGUUCUAACUUCACUGGAGCUUUAGCCCGUGCAUUCGACAUACUGCAUAAAUUUAAUCGCACCGGUCAAGGAAGUCAAUGCAAUCAAGCUAUAUUGAUAAUUACUGACGGUCCAUUUGGACCUUAUAAAGAAAUUCUUCAACAUAAUAAACCACACAUGCCGGUUCGAGUUUUUACGUAUUUAAUUGGUAAAGAUGACUCAAACGCUGCUGAUAUGAAUUGGAUUGCUUGCAACAAUAAAGGUUAUUUCGAACAUAUCGAAGACCAAAGAAAUCUUCGAGAAAAAGUACUAAAUUAUGUUUUAGUUAUGGCAAGACCAUUAAUCAUGUAUCAAACCGAUCAUCCGGUAUAUUGGUCACCAGUGUAUCUUGCAAGCAAAGUUGACAAUUUAAAAGCUACUGACACUAUAGAUGGCAGACUUAUGACAACAGUAUCUGCGCCCGUUUUUGACAGGAGAAACCAUUCGGAACGAGCCGCCAAUUUAUUGGGUGUGGUUGGUAUGGACGUCUAUAUUGACGACCUAAAGAAACUAGUUCCGGCCUAUAAGCUCGGUGCCAAUGGUUACUCUUUUAUAUUGGACAAUAAUGGACAUGUCCUUUACCACCCUGACUUCCGGCCAACGGUAAUAACUCAUACCUACAAUUUUAUCAUUGAUACGACCAUUAUGAUAUUUAAUAACUUUAUGUAUAUAAAUAAUAUUUUACAGCAAUCUGAUUCGGUCAGACCUCAAUAUAAGACGGUCGACCUGAGUGAGAUUGAGUUACCGGACGUGGACACUAAUAAUAACACUCUAUUGCUUGAAUUGAGGAGAGAAAUGAUUGAGCAACGGGAAGGUGAAACUACUCUCAAAGUCAAAAAUCACUUGGAUAAUAUGAGACGAGUAUCUACUAGAAAAUAUAAAUACUUUUAUCAUUCAAUCGAAGACACACCUUAUAGUUUGGGUAUUGCUCUCCCAGAAAGUUAUGGAAUGUAUGAACUACUUGGAGAAGAAGAAAUAAAGUUGACUCAAUUCAAUAUUACAGAAUAUUUCAAAGGUAAAAAUUGGAAAGUUCAUCCUGAUUGGGUUUACUGUGAAUAUAACUAUGGAAAUGAACAUAACUUUAAAACUCCCGAGGAUAGAGUGUUGCAUUUUUUGUCCAGAACCAAACGUCCUGGUUGGAAAUGGAUGUCAUUAAGAUCUAGAAUGCCACAAAGAGAACCUGGCACAAGUCAGGUUUAUAACACGUGGAGAAAAGAAAAAGACUCUCAUUACUGCGAUAAAAACCUUUUACAAUCCUUAGUGUUCGAUGCAUUAGUCACUGAUAGUCUGGAAAAACAAACAAGUCAAAUAUCUAAGGUUGAUAAACAUAAAUCUACAAACGCGUUACUCAGAAUGCAAAAUAUAAAAAAUAGCCAAGGACAUCAUAUGUUUGGUGUAACGCUUACAUUUAUUGCGACAAGGAGUGGAUUAUUGAGAUGGCGAGAUCAUGGAACAGCUAACAACAGAGGACCUGAGCCACAUUUUAGUGAAACAAAUAAAAAAGCCAUAGACGAGGUAUGGUACAAAAGAGCGAUUGAUCAACACAACAUAGAACCAGAAAGUUUUGUGUUUUCAGUACCAUUUAAUUCCGGCGCUGGACUCGAUCGGCCACUAAUUACAGCUACCCACGCGAUGUUCGUCGAAAAUAAAGGUCAUCGAGCUGCAGCCGCGGUUGUUGGCAUACAAUUUCAACAUUCAUCGAUCGCUUCACACUUCAUCAACAUCACUUCGGCAUGUACCGGCAUGACUGGAUGCAAGAAGACGUGCGCUUCCGAUGAUCUCGACUGCUAUGUGUUAGAUAACAAUGGUUUCAUCAUAAUAUCUGAACAAUCUCAUCAUACCGGCCAAUUUUUCGGGCAAACAGACGGAACGAUUAUGGACUCGUUGGUACAGGAUGGUAUUUACAAGAAAAUCACUAUAGUGGAUAAUCAAGGCGCAUGUCACAGCGGUAUCGAACCUGGAACUGAUUCAGCAUCUUCUUUACGACCUUUUCAGCCGGUCAUUUGGUUAGUAAGGUGGUUAUUAGGUCGAUUAGCUUGGUUAGCAAUUGAGACUAACAUCUAUCACGUUCUAUUCCCGGAGUGGAUUCAAGCUCAAAAUGAAGAUCCAAUUUAUUCGGAAUACGAUCUGGGCCCAGAUGAAUUUGUUCCAGAUCAAGGUGAGAAAACGACGGACCAGAGUGACAAGCCAAUGACAGACGGUGGCGGCGAUGAUCAGGGGAGCUCUGGUAACGACUACAAAGACAUGCCUCCGCAUCCACCGCUAUAUGUGCCAAGCAUGAAAAACGCCGAGUAUUUCAGCCCAGUGUACAAUCGAACACAACCGGGCAUAACCAGAACGUGUCGUAAAUCAGUCGAUUUGUAUGUCUUGCAACCUAACAGAUUGAACAUGAGUGGGUCGUUUAAUCCGCUCAAAGGAAAAUUGACCAAUUGCCACGCCACUGGAUGCGAGAGGCCAUUCAGCGUUCAAAAAAUUCCCCAUAGUAACCUAAUACUAUUAGUGGUGGAUACCUUGUGUCCUUGUGGCAGCAAACAACUGAGCAUUGAACCACAAGAGGUUCGAAUGGCAACAGAUGAAUCUGGACAGCCGGUGUAUAAUUGUCAAGAUCAAAAUAUGUUCCGGAGGCGCACAGGAAAGUGCAUUAACUAUCAUCCGGAAGAAAUUGAAAUCAAACAGUGCGGCUCGAGUUCGGCGCUACUCGUCACCUCAUACUUAAUACUACUAAGCAUGGUAACCGCCAUAUGGAUAACGUGAUCGUCGUACUUCGGCUGAACGAUAAAUUCCUCAGCGUCUACGGUUUUACGAAUAAUUUUUAAGUGUAUGAUAAUAUUGUUAUAAUUUUUUCUUCUUUUUUUUAUAAAAGAUCUUUUAAACGGUUAUUUUAAUUUAUAUUAUUAUAUUAUUCAUUUAUUGGCCAGCGCUCGAAUUUAUAUAAGUGCCCCGCUAAAUUGUUGUAAUAAUAGUAUUUGGCCUACAUACUUAUACACUUCACAUAUUCACAUUAUGUGUGAAUUGUAUACAUUUUAUUUAUACAUAAUAUAAUAUAUUAUAUAUGUGUGUAUGUAUAAUAGAUUUUCUGUUAUAUAUAUAACAUAAUAUAAUAUAUAUAUAUAUAUAAUAUGUAUGUAAUAUAAACAUAACUAUACCAAAAUAUUUUUGUACGUCAAAAAUUAUUAUGUAUCUACUUGGGAAUGAAUUUAAUAUGAUAAUUGAUAAUGAUAUAGAAAAAAUAGACAAUAAUUUGUUGGUAAUGUGCAAUCGUAUUGUCUAUAAUAAUAAUAAUAAUAAUAAUAAUAUAUAAUAAAUUUAUAUACAACACAUGUUAUAGAUAAUACUAUUAUGAAUUAUGAUAAUCAUAUUGCCCGGCGUGGUGCAAUGUUCAGUAUGAUAAUAUACAAUAAUAUAGUAUACGGUAAAGUGGGUUCCAAAUGUAUUUCCAUUAAAAAAAAAUUAACUGAAAAUUAAUUGAUUACGAUUAAAAUAUAUUAUGUUGUAUAAUAUGAUUUAAAUCGAACCUCGGUAGACUAGGCCUAUAUAGGCCACAUAGGCCUAUUAUAUCCGUUAAGUUCUAUAUUUCUAAGAAUUUCCCGAGAAUUUUUGCUAAAUUGUACCGCUCAUACAUUGAUAUUCGAGUGUUUUCAUGAGAUUUUUUUCUAUUGACGCGAUAAAUCAAUUGGCCUCUUAAACGAAAAAAAGUAUAGUGUAUCGUCACCAGGACAAUAAAUUAAUAGAAAUAAGGUAUUAGAUUUAAAUAAUUUAGUAUUUUGUUUUAAAAUUGCUAACGAUUUCCUCGAUUCUUCCAAACUUUCUCGAAGUCUGCUAUUACAAAUGUUAUUUAUACCUAAAUAUAUUUUAUACUCCCUUUUCGCUUGCAAAUGUUUAAAAAAUUAUAAACAGAGAAAUAGAUAGUAAAUUUUACCUGUGGAACUCCAUGUAUUCUAUACUAUAUUAACAUAUUAUUAUCUACCAGUGAAUUUAUGUAGUUCGUAAUUAUUAAAAUAAAUACGCUAUUGAGUUUUUCAUCGUUAAAAAAUUGCGUCGUUUGUUUUUGUGUAUUAUACAAUACUAUUAUUAUUAUUAUUAUUAUUAUUAUAUAAUUACGUGUAUAUAAAUAAUAGUAUAUUAUAUUAAACUAUUUAAUUAUUGUUAGAGUCGUUUAAGUAUAUUUAUAUAUAUAUUAUAUGUAUAUAUAUAUAUAUAUAUAUACGCGUGUGUGUUUAAUAUUGUUCACACAAAUGCAAUUGUUUUUUUUUUUUUUUUUUUUAUUGUUAAAUUCUUAUUAUUGUAUUCUUCUUUUCGUCAUGAAUUUUGUAUUUAUUUUUGAAAUCAUAUAUUAUUAUAAAUUAAUGUAAUAAUUUUUUGUUUAUUAUGUUAGCACAAAUUUGUAUAAAGUAAACAAAUUGUAUCUCAUAAAAUUUAUAUCGAUCUAAAAUUUCGAAUUGUGCAAUAGUUUAAAUGCGAUAUUUAUACUUGUAUGAUAAUAUUAUCAAGUCGUUGUUUAAAUAUUAUAUAUUGCUUCUUUUCACCAGUCGAUUUUAAAUCUUUACUGCACAAUAAAAACACGCGCUAAUAUUAUGGUUUCCACGUUAAUUGAAGUAUAAUAUUAUGAAAUCAUAUUAUCAUAAAAUUAAAAUAAAUAAUUAAUUCGUUUAAAAUAAAAAAAUAUACCACCCGAUAUUCUUUACAUAUUUUAAACGCACAUUUAGAAAAUGCUACACUUUAAUAGCGCCGUUAAUCUUCUUUUCGGUUUUAUAUAUCGUGUUUAAUAUUUAAUAUUAUUAUUAUGAUUAUACCUAUAUUACUACGGUUUAUGAAUUUUGUAAUGGGUUACCGAUGUUGGCAGUUUAUUGUUGCACCAAUGUCACAUGUUUACACCAAGCACAAUAUCCGUGUAAAAUGUUUUGAAUUUGAUUUUAAUUUUAAGACAGAUUUAAUGUUUUAUUUGUUUGAUAUUUUAAAAUAGUAGUUUAUAGUAUAAAUCAUAAUCUGAAAUUGUUGUUAAAAAAAAUAAAAAAUAAAUAAAAAAGUGUAGGCAUAGGUAUUUUUUGGCCUAGUAUUAGUUGAUUAGAAAGAUUUUUAUUAGAGUUUAUCGCUAUUCAAACAUUAUUAUCGUUUACAAAACACGUUUUGUAUUAGUUUGAUAGGCAAAUAUUUGGUUUCUUAUCCUAAUAAUAGAUAAUUUUUUUUUUUAUUAUUUAAAAUGUUAAAUUAAUUUAUAAAUAUAAGGGUUGACCUGUCAGUCGUAAAUUGUAUUUUUUUUUUUGUAUAAAUAAUUGUUAAUUUUUAAGCUUAACGAUUUAGAAUAAUUAUUGUCAUAGAACUUAAUGUUUUAAUAACUCAACUUGGAAUGUUCAUUAUUGUACGAACGUUUACUAUUUUUAAGCAUAUACGUACAUACAUGCAUUCAAAAAUAUGUAUAACUCAUGUCUUCCAGUAACAUAUUAUGUUAAUGUAAAAACUUUACAAAAAGAACAUAAAAUCGCUGUCAGUUCUUUCAGUUUUUUUGUAACAAAAUUAUUUAUUAUAAUCAAAUAAUCAUUAUUA